GCAAAUUAUUUUAUUGUUAGAUAGUUGCUCCAUACUCGAGUACUUACACGAUCCUGGCUUAUAUUGGACUAGGCCUGGGGGCUUUCAUAGUUUUCACCACUCUCAUCGGAUGCUGUGGAAUCAGUCGAGAAAGCCAUUUGUUAAUGUUUGUGUACGGAACCCUCUGUGCUCUCAUGAUUAUUGUUGAAAUAUCAGGUGGAUUGGCAGCGUAUGUGUACAGACAUGAUGUACACCAUGAACUGGUUUCUGUCCUAAACAAAACAAUAACAGAGCAGUACGGGAUAAACAACUCAACAACAGCUGCUAUUGAUACUCUACAGAAAGGACUCCAUUGUUGUGGGGCUCAAUCCUUCGAGGACUGGAGUAGCACUGUAUGGAGUACUUCAGGGAUUAGAGGUAGUAAUCAGGUUCCUGACUCCUGUUGCAAAACAGUUUCUAGAUUAUGCGGAGUCAGAGACCAUCCCAGUAAUAUCUACUAUACAGGUUGCGGAGAGAGUCUUGGUUCUCUAGCUUCCACUCAUCUUCUUCUUCUUGGAUCCGUUGCUCUCACCGUUGCUCUUAUUCAGAUAUUUGGGGUCGUCUUCUCCUGUAAACUCGGGAAGACAAUGAAGAAUUUAGAAGAUUGAUCCAACUCAUUAAGAUAAACAACGUUUGGAAAAACUUAUUUUAAAUUUUGAAACUUCAGAUUCAUGAAUUUGAAAAAUAGUAAUAAAACCAAAGAUAUGACGUAAAAUGUCAGAUUUCGAUAGUUUUCCCCAAUUAUAUUCAGAUUUUAAAUCCUAGGAAAAAUUUACAAUUUCCAAAAAAAGUUGGUUAAACUAUUUAAUCAAAAUAAGGCUUUCUGAGUUCUGCAAGUGCCUGCAAUCAAAGUAUCUCCUAUAUGCUAUGUUAAUUUUCACAUUACUAGGCUUUUAGGGCGCUUCGCGCCCAUCUUCUAUUUCAAUUGUGAACAUGGUCUUUUUGUAUACAUUGUA